GGUCAUAUCACGUAUCUGGAAACACCACUACAAACAGCGAACUAUUUCCAAGAAAUGUCUGGCAAUAACUGCACUGCUGUGACUGAAUUCAUUAUUUUGGGGCUAACAGAUGAUCCAGUCCUUUGUGUCAUCCUCUUUGUGAUGGUUCUGGGUGUCUAUGUUGUCACUUUAUUUGGUAACUUUAGCAUAAUUAUAUUGACCAGAAAUAGCUCCCAACUUCACACUCCAAUGUACCUUUUCCUUAGUCACUUGGCUUUUGUGGAUUCUGCAUAUUCCUCAUCUGUAACACCCGUUAUGCUCAAGAACUUCCUUGUAGACAAAACUAUAAUCCCUUUUGGAGGCUGCGUGGCCCAAAUGUUCUGUGGAGCCAUCUUUGGGACCACUGAGUGCUUCCUGCUGGGUGUGAUGGCCUAUGAUCGGUAUAUGGCCAUCUGUAGCCCCCUACUCUACUCCACCAUCAUGUCUACUAGGGUUUGCACUCAGUUGCUCAUCAUAUCCUACUUGGGUAGUUGUACAAAUGCUUGGAUCUUUACUGGUUGUUUAUUGACUCGGUCCUUCUGUGGACCCAAUGAGAUUAAUCAUUUUUUCUGUGAUUAUUUACCACUUUUGAAGCUUUCCUACUCCCAAGAUAAUCUUGCUGAAAUUCUUCCUGCUGCCUCUUCUGGGUCAAUAAUGAUGACCACCUUGUUAAUUAUCAUAAUUUCUUAUGUGUACAUCCUCUUCUCUGUCCUGAAGAUAAAGUCCUCUGAAGGGAGAUCUAAAGCUUUCUCAACUUGCACCUCCCACCUAACAGCAGUCACUCUGUUCUAUGGGACCACAACAUUCAUUUAUGUGAUGCCCAAGUCUAGCUACACAACAGAUGUGAAUAAAGUCAUGUCUGUUUUCUACAUAGUAAUGAUCCCCAUGUUGAAUCCCUUGAUCUACAGUCUUAGGAACAAUGAAGUAAAAGGGGCCCUGAGAAAACUGAUGAGUGGGAGACAUCCUUUUUCAUGA